AUGCCCGGGGUGCGGCUCCUGCGGCUGCUGGUGAUCGUAGUCUCCGCGGCUGCGGCGGUGGCCGGGGCGCCCAGGACGGCGCUGCCCCACUCCCCGGGGGACGCCACCCUGGCCUUCGUCUUCGAUGUCACCGGCUCCAUGUGGGACGACCUGAUGCAGGUGAUCGACGGCGCCUCGCGCAUCCUGGAGCGGACCCUGAGCAGCCGCAGCCAGGCCGUGGCCAACUACGCGCUGGUGCCCUUCCACGACCCAGAUAUCGGCCCAGUGACGCUCACUGCAGACCCGGUGGUGUUCCAGAAGGAGCUGAGAGAACUCUACGUGCAGGGAGGCGGUGACUGCCCCGAGAUGAGCGUGCAGGCCAUCCAGGCCGCCGUGGAGGUGGCCAACCCCGGCUCCUUCAUCUACGUCUUCUCAGAUGCCCGUGCCAAGGACUACCACAGGAAGGACGAGCUGCUGCGCCUCCUGCAGCUGAAGCAGUCGCAGGUGGUCUUUGUGUUGACCGGGGACUGUGGCAACCGCACCCAUCCGGGAUACCUAGCCUAUGAGGAGAUCGCCUCCACCAGCUCGGGGCAGGUGUUCCACCUGGACAAGCAACAGGUGACAGAGGUGCUGAAGUGGGUGGAGUCGGCAAUCCAGGCUUCCAAGGUGCACCUGCUGUCCACAGACCACGAGGAGGAGGGCGAGCACACGUGGAGAAUCCCUUUCGACCCCAGCCUCAAGGAGGUCACUAUCUCCCUGAGCGGGCCAGGGCCUGAGAUCGAAGUCCGGGAUCCGCUGGGGAGGAUCCUCCAGAAGGACAAGGGCCUCAACGUGCUGCUCAACAUUCCCGACUCAGCCAAGGUGGUAGCCUUUAAGCCCAAGCACCCGGGGCUGUGGUCCAUCAAGGUCUACAGCAGCGGCCGCCACUCGGUGAGGAUCACAGGCAUCAGCAACAUUGACUUCCGAGCCGGCUUCUCCACCCAGUCUUCUCUGGACCUCAACCACACCAUCGAGUGGCCCUUGGAAGGCAUCCCCAUCUCCCUGGUGAUCAACUCCACCGGCUUGCAGGCCCCGGGGCACCUUGACUCAGUGGAGCUCUCGCACCACUCGGGGCGGCCCCUCCUGACGCUGCCCACGCAGCCCCUCUCCAAUGGGUCCACCCACCAGCUGUGGGGCGGGCCGCCCUUCCACGCCCCCAAGGAGCGCUUCUACCUCAAAGUGAAGGGCAAGGACCACGAGGGGAACUCCCUCCUCCGUGUCUCCGGGGUUUCCUACAGUGGGGUGGCUCCAGGUGCCCCCCUGGUCAGCAUGCCCCCCAGGAUCCAUGGCUACCGACACCAGCCCCUGCUGGUCUCCUGCUCCGUGCACAGCGCCCUCCCCUUCCGGCUGCAGCUUCACCGUGAUGGGGCCCGGCUGGGCGAGGAGAGGCACUUCCUGGAGUCGGGGAACAGCAGCUGGGAGAUCCCACGGGCUUCCCAGGCCGAGGAGGGAAGCUACGAGUGCACAGCGGUCAGCAAGGCUGGGACCGGACGGGCCAGGGCCCAAAUUGUUGUCACAGACCCUCCGCCACAGCUGGUCCCUGCCCCCAAUGUGACUGUGUCCCCGGGGGAGACCGCCAUCCUAACCUGCCAGGUCCUAGGUGACGCCCCCUACAAUCUGACGUGGGUUCGGGACUGGCGAGUCCUGCCUGCCUCAACAGACCGAGCUACCCAGCUAGCCAAUCUGUCCCUGGCGAUCGGUGGAGUUGUCCCCAGUGACAGCGGGCAGUACCAGUGUGUGGUCAGCAACACAAACGGGGCCACGAGGGCAUCCACCUGGCUCCUGGUGCGAGAAGCGCCACAAGUGAGCAUCGACAACAGGUCCCAGCGCUUCUCCCAGGGUGUGGAGGUGAAGAUCAGCUGCUCAGCCUCGGGGUACCCCACACCCCACCUCUCCUGGAGCCGUGAGGGCCUCGCCCUGCAAGAGGACAGCAGAAUCCACAUGGAUCCCCCAGGAACCCUAAUCAUUCAGGGGCUAGCCCCAGAGGAUGCUGGGAAUUACACCUGCGUGGCUGCUAAUGAAGUGGGCACAGACGAGGAGACUGUCACCCUGUACUAUACAGAUGCCCCAUCAGUGUCUGCCCUGCAAGCCGUGGUGCUCGCCGCUGUCGGGGAGGAGGCUGUGCUGGGGUGUGCGGCAUCAGGGGUGCCCCCGCCCCGGGUUGUCUGGUAUCGAGGUGAUCUGGAAAUGAUCCUGGCCCCCGAGGGCUCUGUCUCUGGGACGCUGCGGAUCCCCUUGGCUCAGGAGAGGGAUGCUGGCAUCUACACCUGCCGGGCUGUCAGCGAGCUGGGUGACGCCUCCGCGGAUGUGAAGCUGGAGGUUGGAUACGCGCCCCAGCUGACGGAGCUGCCCCGGGACGUCACCGUGGAGCUGGGCAGGAGCGCCUUCCUGGUGUGCAGGGCCGACGGCCGCCCGGGCCCUACAGUCACCUGGCAGCGUGGAGAUGGCCGGCCCCUGGGGCCCCGGCGGGGCAGCAGGCCCGGGCAGCGGGACUCGGGAGUGCUGUUUAUUGAGAGUGUGGCCCCCGAGGACCAGGCCACCUACAUCUGUGAGGCUCAGAAUGCCUUUGGGAAGGCCCAGGUCGAGACCCGGCUCACUGUCACCGGCCAGGCAGCCCCGCAGACUGCCAGCGGGGCCUCCACCGUGCGCGUCCUGGAGGGCCAGCCCGUGUCCCUGCCGUGUGUCAUCCUGGCUGGGAGGCCCCUCCCGGAGAGGCACUGGCUCCGGGCCGGCCGCCCCCUCCCGCCGGGUGGCCGGGCCUCUGUCCGGGCCGAUGGCAGCCUCCACUUCAACCAGGCACUACAGGAGGACGCAGGGACGUACAGCUGUGUGGUCACCAACGUGGCCGGCUCUCAGCACCGCAAUGUGGAGCUGAUCGUGCAGGUGCCACCUAGAAUCUAUCCCACUGCCACCCACCACGUCACCAAUGAAGGGUUUCCAGCCUCUCUGCCCUGUGCCGCCUCAGGAGUUCCCACCCCGACCAUCACCUGGACCAAGGAGACCCAAGCCCUGACCUCCAGGAGUCCCCACUACAAUGUGAGCAAGGACGGCACCCUGCUCAUCACCCAGCCGUCACCCCAGGAUGCAGGGGCCUACGUGUGCACCGCCACCAAUGCUGCUGGCUUCUCCAGCCAGGAGACGUGGCUUUCAGUCAACACCAAGCCCAGGAUCCGGGUGAAUGGGUCACAGGACGCUGACUUGCCUCUCAGAGUCACAGCCAAGACCGGCGAAGAGGUGACCCUGGACUGUGAGGCCCAGGGCUCCCCGCCACCCCUGGUCACCUGGACGAAGGACGCCCACCCUCUGCUGCCUGGCACUGACAGCCACAUCCUCCUUCCAUCCGGGUCCCUGCGCCUGGCACCAGCCCAGGUGGGUGAUGAGGGACACUACAUGUGCACAGCCAGCAACCCCGCGGGGUCAGCCUCCCAGCGCUAUGUCCUCGGGGUCCAAGUCCCCCCUCAGGUGCAGCCAGGCCCUCGGCUCCUGAAGGCCCUGGUCGGAGAAGCCCUGGAUCUAAACUGUGUGGCCGAGGGCAGCCCAGAGCCGCGGCUGAGCUGGACCAAGGAUGGGGCGGCCCUGCCCGGAGGGGAGCCUGAGGGCUCGGUCCACUUUGGGGCUGUGCAGGCCUCCGACUCCGGGCUGUACCGCUGCCAGGCCACCAGUAGCGCUGGGACAGACACCUGGGAGCUGGAGCUCAGGGUGCUGGAGCCUCCGCAUUGGGUGGCCGACAACAGCAGCCUGGUGGAGCGAGUGGCCGGGGAGAAUGCCAGCCUCCCGUGCCCAGCCGAAGGGACGCCCAAGCCGAAGGUCACGUGGCACAAGGGCCCGGCCUCAGAGACCCUGGGUGGCCGGCCCGGUAUGGCAGUGCUGGACGAUGGGUCCCUGCUCCUGCCCCGGGUCUCACCCUCUGAGGGCGGAGACUACGAGUGCCAGGCCACCAACGAGGCAGGCUCUGUGUCCCGGACAGCCAAGCUGGUGGUCUACGUGCCCCCCAGGAUCCGGGAGGACAGGCACAACGGCAAUGUGUCGGCGGUGGCGGGGCAGCCACUUUCGCUGGAGUGUGAUGCAAAUGGCUUUCCGGCCCCUGAGAUCUCGUGGCUCAAGGACGGGCAGCCGGUCCCCGAGGCUGGCAGCCACCGCCUCCUGAAUGGGGCACGGACGCUCCACUUCCCCAGGAUCGAGGAGGACGAUGCUGGCCUCUACUCCUGCCGGGCAGAGAACCAGGCAGGGAGCACCCAGAGGGACUUCGGCCUCCUGGUGCUCAUUCCUCCUUCCGUGCCGGGAGCCAGGGCUGCCCAGGAGGUGCUGGGCCUGGCUGGUGCCGAUGUGGAGCUGGAGUGUCGGACCUCGGGGGUCCCCACGCCCCAGGUGGAGUGGACCAAGGACGGGCAGCCUCUCCUUCCAGAAGACCCUCACGCCCAGCUCCGGGAGGACGGCCAGGUCCUCAGAAUCACCAGCAGUCACUUGGGGGACGAGGGGCAGUACCAGUGCAUGGCCUUCAGCCCAGCCGGCCAGCAGGCCAAGGACUUCCAGCUCCGAAUCCACUCACCCCCAACCAUCUGGGGCUCCAAUGAGACCAGCGAGGUGGCCAUCAUGGAGGGACACCCAGUGCAGCUCCUAUGUGAGGCCCGGGGCGCCCCCACCCCUGACAUCGCCUGGUUCAAGGAUGGGGCCCUGCUCGCCCCCGCCAGCAGUGAGGUGGUCUACACCAAAGGUGGCCGGCAGCUGCAGCUGGGGCAAGCCCAGGUAUCGGAUGCUGGGGUCUACACCUGCAAGGCCAGCAACCCUAUGGGUGUCACAGAGAAGGCCACCAGGCUGGCAGUUUAUGUUGCACCCACCAUCGAGGGCGCCGGCGGAGGGCCGUACUUGGUGCAGGCCGUGGCCGGGAGGCCGUUGGCACUGGCGUGUGUGGCCAGAGGCUUCCCACCUCCCACUGUGUCCUGGCAGCACGAGGGGCUGCCCGUGGCUGAGAGCAACGGGACGUGGCUGGAGCCGGAUGGCGCGCUGCAGCUGCAGAGCCCGGGGGAGGCGUCCAGGGGUCUGUACAGCUGCAUGGCCAGCAGUCCUGCGGGCGAGGCCGUGCUGCAGUACGCCGUGGACGUGCAGGUUCCCCCACAGCUCCUGGUGGCUGAGGGCUCAGGCCAGGUGGCCACCGUCGUGGGGCAGACCCUGGAGCUUCCCUGCCAGGCCUCAGGCUCCCCAGUGCCCACCAUCCGGUGGUUGCAGAAUGGCCGCCCUGCCGAGGAGCUGGCUGGGGUGCGGGUGGCCUCACAGGGGACCACGCUGCGCAUUGACCAUGUGGAACUGGGCCACGCGGGCCUCUUCGCCUGCCAGGCCACCAAUGACGCCGGCACCACGGGGGCCGAAGUGGAGGUGUCCGUGCAUGAGCUCCCAUCCGUCAACAUCAUUGGGGGUGAGAACAUCACGGUCCCUUUCCUGCAGUCUGUGACCCUCCAGUGUGUAGGGGCCGGAGCGCCUCUCCCAAGCCUCCGCUGGUGGAAGGAUGGGGUGGCCCUGGCAACCUCAGGGGGGACCCUGCAGAUCGAGAAGGUGGACCUGAGGGACGAAGGCAUCUACACCUGCACAGCCACCAACCUGGCUGGGGAGAGCCAGAGGGAUAUAGUGGUCAAGGUUUUGGUGCCCCCCAACAUUGAGCCAGGCCCCACCAACCAGGCGGUGCUGGAGAACGCGUCCUUGACCUUGCAGUGCCUGGCUUCUGGGGUGCCUCCUCCGGAUGUCUCCUGGUUCAAGGGCCGCCACCCCAUCAGGGCCCAGACAGGGGUGAUGGUCUCCGCUGACGGGAGAAGUCUCCGCAUUGAGCAAGCCCAGCUUUCGGACACUGGGAGUUACCGCUGUGUGGCUUCCAAUGUGGCAGGCAGCACAGAACUGCAGUAUGGCCUCCAGGUCAACGUGCCUCCCCGAAUCACUCUGGCACCCAGCCUGCCAGGCCCGGUACUGCUCGGUGCCCCUGUCCGGCUUACCUGCAAUGCCUCAGGUGCCCCCAGACCCAUGCUGAUAUGGCUGAAGGAUGGAAACCCCGUGUCGCCUGCAGGGACUCCUGGCCUCCAGGUCUUUCCUGGGGGCCAGGUCUUCUCCUUGGCCAGUGUCCACCCCUCCGACUCGGGCAGCUACUCCUGCGUGGCUGUGAACGCUGUGGGUGAGGACCAUCGAAACGUCACCCUGCAAGUCCAUGUGCCCCCCAGCAUCCUCGGGGAACAGCUGAACAUCUCUGUCAUGGCCAACGAGUCUGUGACCCUGGAGUGCCACAGCCACGCCAUGCCCCGUCCAGACCUGAGCUGGCGGAAGGACGGCCGGCCCCUGCGGCCACGGCCCGGUGUCCGCCUCUCCGAGGACAAGGCCUUGCUGGAGCUGGCCAGGGCGGAGGUGGGGGACACUGGCCGCUACACCUGCGAGGCUCUGAACCGUGCCGGGCGCUCCGAGAAGCACUUCGAUGUGAAUGUCUGGGUUGCUCCAGCCUUCCCCUCGAGGGAGCCCCGCACCCUGGCCGUGACCGAGGGGCAGCCCGCCCGGCUGUCCUGCGAGUGCCGUGGUGUCCCCUUCCCCAAGGUUGUCUGGAGCAAGGACGGUCAGCCGCUGCCCGGGGAGGGGCCUGGCAAGGAGCAGGUGUCGGUGGUUGGUCGACUGCUGUACCUGGGGCAGACGCGGCUGGAGCAGGAGGGGAACUACACCUGCGAGUGCAGCAACGUGGCCGGGAGCAGCAGCCAGGCCCAGCGGCUGGUGGUGCAGGUCCCCCCGCAGAUCUCCGGGCCCCGGGAGCCCCUCACGGCUGUGUCCGUGCCGCAGGGCGGGGAGGCCGCUCUGCACUGCGACGCCACUGGGAGGCCGCCGCCUGCCGUGACGUGGGAGCGGGACGGGCAGCCCGUGGGGCCCGAGCCGGGCCUGCGGCUGCAGAACCAGGGCCGGAGCCUGCAGGUGGAGCGGGCGCAGGUGGCCCACACCGGGCGUUACACCUGCGUGGCCGAGAACGCGGUGGGCCGCGCCGAGAGGAGGUUCUCGCUGUCCGUGCUGGUGCCCCCGGUGCUCCUGGGAGACGCGGACGCUCUGACCAACGUCACUGCUGCCUUGCAUGGCCCUUUGGUGCUGCUCUGCGAAGCCACUGGAGUCCCGCCCCCCAAAGUGCGCUGGUUCCGGGAGGAGGAGCCCAUCUGCCCCGGGGAGGAUACCUACCUGUUGGCAGGCGGCUGGAUGCUGAGGGUGACCCAGGCUCAGGAGCAGCACCGAGGUCUCUACUCAUGCCUGGCCAGCAACGAGGCUGGGGAGGCUCGGAGGAACUUCAGUGUGGAGGUCCUAAUUCCCCCCACUAUCGAGAGCGAGGACUUGGAGGAGGUGGUCAGGGUGCCCGAGCGACAGACGGCCCAGCUGACCUGCAAUGCCACAGGCCACCCACAGCCCAACGUCACCUGGUUCAAAGAUGGCUGGGCCCUGGCUGGUGGAGACGCCCACCACAUCUCCCCGGAUGGCUCCCACCUGUGGGUCCUCCAGGCCAACCUGUCCCAGGCCGGCCACUACUCCUGCAUUGCCACCAAUGCCGUGGGGGAGAAGACCAAGCACUUCCAGCUCAGCGUGCUGGUGCCGCCCACCAUCCUGGGAGCGACUGAGGACAGUGCUGGCGAGGAGGUGACCGUGACCAUCAGCAACCCCAUCUCUCUGAUCUGCGAGGCGCUGGCCUUCCCCGCCCCCAACAUCACCUGGAUGAAGGAUGGGGUCCCUUUUGAGGCUUCCAAGAACAUCCAGCUGCUCCCAGGCACCCGUGGGCUGCAGAUCCUGAACGCCCAGAAGGAAGACGCGGGCCAGUACACCUGCGUGGUCACCAACGAGCUGGGGGAGGCGACGAAGAGCUACCACGUGGAGGUGCUCAUCCCCCCUUCCAUCUCCAAAGACGACCCCGCGGGGGAGCUGGCCGUGAAGGAGGUGAAGACCAAGGUGAACAGCACUUUGACCUUGGAGUGCCAGUGCUGGGGCGCCCCCCCACCCGCCAUCAGCUGGUACAAAGACGGCCAGCCCGUGACCCCCGGCCAGCGCCUGCGCAUCCUGGGCGAGGGCCGCCUGCUCCAGAUCCAGCCCACACAGGUCUUGGACUCCGGGCGGUACUUGUGCGUGGCCACCAACGUGGCGGGCGAGGACGACCAGGACUUCAACGUGCUCAUCCAGGUGCCCCCCAUGUUCCAGAAGGUGGGUGAUCCUAGUGCCGCCUUUGAGAUCCUGUCCCAAGAGGAGGAGGCCCAGGGUGAGGUGACAGAAUACCGAGAGGUGGUGGAGAACAACCCAGCCUACCUGUACUGUGACACCAAUGCCAUCCCACCACCGGAGCUCACCUGGUACAGGGAGGACCAGCUCCUCUCAGGCUCUGACAGGGUCUCUCUGUUGCAAGGUGGCCGGGUCCUGCAGCUGCCCCUGGUGCGGGCAGAGGAUGCCGGGAGGUAUUCGUGCAGAGCCUCCAAUGAGGUGGGCGAAGACUGGCUGCACUACGAGCUGCUGGUGCUGACCCCACCCGUGAUCCUGGGUGACACCGAGGAGCUGGUGGAGGAGGUGACCGUCAACGCCAGCGGCACUGUCAGCCUACAGUGCCCGGCGCUGGGCAACCCGGCACCCACCUUGUCGUGGCUGCAGAAUGGACUCCCUUUCGCCCCGAGCCCAAGGCUGCAGGUGCUGGAGGACGGGCGAGUCUUGCAGGUGUCCAUGGCAGAAGUGGCCGACGCUGCCAGCUACAUGUGUGUGGCUGAGAACCAGGCGGGCUCUGCAGAGAAGCUGUUCACCCUCAGGGUCCAAGUGCCACCACGAAUCACAAGCCAGAACCCGGAGCAGGUCACGGCAGUCCUCAACAGCAGCGUCUCCCUCCCCUGUGAAGCCCUUGCUCACCCGAGUCCUGAGGUCACGUGGUACAAGGACAAUGAGGCCCUUGUCUUGGGGAAAGAGGUUUUCCUCCUGCCUGGCACACACACGCUGCAGCUGCCCCGGGUGCAGCCCUCAGACUCCGGGACGUACCUGUGCGAGGCGCUCAACGCAGCCGGCCGAGACCAGAAAGUGGUGCAGCUCAGCGUGCUGGUCCCCCCUACCUUUAGGGAGGCUCCUCCUGGUGGCCCCCCGGAGGCCAUCCUUGUCCAGGCUGGGGACAAGACUGUCUUGAGCUGUGAGACAGACUCGCCCCUGGAGCCAGUCGUGACCUGGUACAAGGAUCAGCAGCCCCUGGCCCUGGAGCCGCGGGUCCGGGCUCUGCAGGGCACACAGAGACUGGAGAUCCUGGCGUCCCAGGUGUCGGACAAAGGUUCAUACAGCUGUAAAGUCAGCAGUGCUGCUGGGGAGGCCAUGCGGACCUUCUUCCUCACCGUCCAGGUGGCCCCAAUAUUUGAGAACCCCAAGACAGAGACAGUGAGCCAGGUGGCUGGGAGAGCCCUGGUCCUGACCUGUGAUGUGUCUGGGGUCCCUGCACCCACCGUGACUUGGCUGAAGGACAGAAUGCCUGUGGAGAGCAGCGCGGUGCACGGUGUGGUCUCCCGGGGCGGCCACCUGCAGCUGAGCCGCCUGCAGCCCACCCAGGCCGGCACCUACACCUGUGUGGCUGAGAACGCCCAGGCUGAGGCCCGCAAGGACUUCAUGGUGGCCGUGCUGGAGGCCCCCCGGAUCCGGAGCUCGGAUGUCCCAAGGGAGCACAGCGUGCUGCAGGGCCGGGAGGUGCGGCUGGACUGUGAGGCCCAGGGACAGCCGCCGCCGGACGUGGCCUGGCUGAAGGACGGCGCCCCACUGCACCAGGCUGUGGGCACUCACCUCCGGUUCUACCAGGACGGCAGCUCCCUGGUGCUCAAGGGCCUGCAGGCUGGGGACUCGGGUGCUUACACCUGCGUGGCCCACAACACUGCCGGCGAGGACGCCAGGCUGCACAUGGUCACGGUGCUGGUCCCUCCCACCAUCGAGCAGGAGGCAGGUGGCACCGGGGCGCUGGUGAGCAGGCCCAGGGAACUGGUGACCAUGGCGUGCCCGGUGCGGGGCUCCCUGCCCAUCCACGUGAGCUGGCUCAAGGACGGGCUGCCACUGCCGCUCUCCCAGCGCACCCACCUGCUCGGCUCUGGCCGCACCCUCAGGAUUUCCCAGGUGCAGCUGGCAGACACGGGCACCUUCACCUGCGUGGCCUCGAGCCUGGCCGGCGUGGCCGAGAGGAACUUCACCUUGCAGGUGCUUGUGCCCCCCAGCCUGGAGCCGGCGGACUUCCAGAGUGACAUGGUGGUGGCCCGUGGCUCCUCCGUGGUCCUGCCAUGUGAUGCCCAGGGCAACCCCCUGCCCCUCGUAUCUUGGAUGAAGGAUGGGGAGCCCUUGUUGCCCCAGAGCCUUGAGCAGGGGCCCGGCCUGCAGCUAGGGAGAGUGGGAGCCAGUGACUCGGGGACCUACGCCUGCGUGGCCACCAGCGAGGCAGGGGAGGCCAGGAGACACUUCCAGCUGACCGUGAUGGACCCGCCCCACAUCCAGGACUCGGGCCAGCCUGCAGAGCUGACGCUGACGGCCGGCGCCCCCAUGGAGCUGCUGUGCGACGCCCGGGGCAUCCCCCCCCCCAACAUCACCUGGCAUAAGGACGGGCAGGCCCUGCUCGGGCCGGAGGGCGGCAGCAGAGGGGGCCUCGUGUUCCGUGUGGAGGCCGCGCAGGUCGGGGAUGCAGGACUAUACACCUGUCUGGCCGAGAGCCCUGCGGGGGAAGCUGAGAAGAGCUUCCGGGUCAGAGUUCAAGCCCCUCCAAACGUGGUUGGGCCCCGGGGCCCCCGCUCUGUGGUUGGCCUGGCCCCGGGGCAGCUGGUCCUGGAGUGCUCAGUGGAGGCAGAGCCAGCGCCCGAGAUCGAGUGGCACCGAGACGGCGUCUUGUUGCAGGCGGACACGCACACCCAGUUCCCGGAGCGCGGCAGGUUCCUGCAGCUGCGGGCCCUGAGCGCGGCCGACAGCGGCCACUACAGCUGCACAGCCCGCAACCAGGCCGGCAGCACCAGCGUGGCCUUCCGCGUGGAGAUCCACACGGCGCCCGCCAUCCAGCCAGGUCCGCCCGCCGUGAACGCCUCUGAGAACCAGACGGCCCUGCUGCCCUGCCGGGCCUCCGGCGAGCCCCCACCUCUUGUGAGCUGGCGGAAGGACGGGGCACCCCUGGACCCUGGGAGCCCCAGGGUGGAGGUUCUGGCUGAUGGGUCCCUGAGGAUCCAGCCCGUCCUCUCCCAGGACGCCGGUCACUACUUCUGCCUGGCGUCCAACUCCGCUGGUUCCGAUCGGCAGGGGCUCGACCUCCAGGUCUUCGGGCCUCCAGCCAUCGCCCCUGGCCCCUCCAGCCUCACCCUCACUGCCCCCAGCCCAGCCACACUGCCCUGCGAGGCCAGUGGCUCCCCCAAGCCCCUGGUGGCCUGGUGGAAAGACGGACAGAAGCUGGACUUCCGCACACAGCAGGGCGCCUACCGCCUCCUGCCCUCCAAUGCCCUGCUGCUCAUGGCCCCCAGUGCCCAGGACUCAGCUCGGUUUGAGUGCGUGGUGAGCAAUGAGGUGGGCGAGGCCCGCAAGCUCUACCAGGUGACCGUUCAGGAGCCCCCGACCAUCGCAGACGACCAGACGGACUUCGCCGUGAGCAGGAUGGCAUCCGUGGUCCUCACCUGCCAUAACACGGGCGUGCCGGCCCCGGCUGUGUCUUGGAGCAAGGCGGGCGCCCAGCUGGGGGCCAGGGGGAGUGGCUACCGCAUCUCACCUUCCGGUGCCCUGGAGAUCGGCCAGGUGCUCCCCGUCCACGCCGGCCGCUACACCUGCACAGCCCGCAAUGCCGCCGGUGUGGCCCGCAAACACAUGGUCCUCACUGUGCAGGCCGCCCCUGUGGUGAAGCCGCUGCCCAGCAUGGUCCAGGUGCUGGCCGAGGAGGAGGUGCUGCUGCCGUGUGAGGCCUCGGGCGUGCCCCGGCCCACUGUCACCUGGCAGAAAGAGGGGCUCAGCAUCCCUGCAGGAGAGAGGAGCCAGGUCCUCCCCAGCGGACAGCUGCGGCUCAUGCACGCCCACCCCGAGGACGCUGGGAACUACUUCUGCAUGGCCCAGAACAGCGCAGGCAGCGCCAUGGGGAAGACGCGGCUGGUGGUGCAAGUGCCCCCCGUGAUCGAGAAUGGCCUCCCGGACCUGUCCACCACAGAAGGCUCCCACGCCCUCCUGCCCUGCGUGGCCAGGGGCAGCCCUGAGCCCGACAUCCGCUGGGAGAAGGACGGCCAGCUUGUGUCCGUGUCCGGAGCCCAGGACAAGUUCAGCCUGCAGCCCUCAGGGGAACUGCUGGUGAAGAACUUGGAGGGCCAGGACGCGGGCACCUACACCUGUACAGCGGAGAAUGUGGUGGGCCGGGCCUGGCGGCGCGUGCACCUCACCAUCCUGGCCCUGCCCGCCUUCACCAUGCUGCCUGGGGACCACAGCCUGCACCUCGGGGACAGGCUCUGGCUGCGCUGUGCAGCCCGGGGCAGCCCAACCCCCCGCCUUGGCUGGACCAUCAACGACCAGCCAGUCACAGAGGGUGUGUCCGAGCAGGAUGGGGGCAGCACGCUGCAGCGGGCAGCCGUGACCAGAGAGGACAGCGGGACCUACGUCUGCUGGGCUGAGAACAGAGUGGGCCGUGUGCAGGUGGUCAGCUUCGUGCACGUGAAAGAGGCCCCCAUCCUACAAGGAGAAGCCUUCUCCCACCUGGAGGAGCCUGUAGGGGGCAGCAUCCAGCUAGACUGCAUGGUCCAUGGUGACCCAGCCCCGGACAUCCACUGGACCAAGGAUGGUCUUCCACUGUGGGACAGCCGCCUGCGGGUGCAGAAUGGCUCACUGACCAUCCACAAGACCAAGAUGGCCGACGCGGGGCUGUACCAGUGCCUGGCGGAGAACGAGGUUGGCGCCGUGAGGAAAGUGGUGACGCUCAUCCUGCAGAGUGCCCCGGUGUUCCAGGUGGAGCCCCAGGAUGUCACAGUGAGGACCGGUGAGGACGUGGCCCUUCAGUGCCAGGCCACUGGAGAGCCAGAGCCCACCAUUGAGUGGCUGCAUGCAGGGCGACCCUUGCAGGCCAGCCAGCGACUCCAGACCCUGCAGGAUGGGAGCCUGUGGCUGGAACGCGCAGAGCCUGGAGAUGCUGGGCCAUACGAGUGCAUCGCUCACAACCUGCUGGGCUCUGCCACAGCCAGGGCGUUCCUGGUUGUGAGAGGGCACCCCCAGGGGAGCCGGGGCAGCAUGAUUGGGGUGAUCAACGGCCAGGAGUUUGGCGUGGCUGCUGUCAACACCAGUGUGCGACGGGAGCCACAUUCCGGAGUCACCACCAUCCAGAGCAGCAUCAGCCGCGUCCCAGCAGAUGUGGGACCUCUGAUGCGGGUGCUGGUGGUCACCAUCGCCCCCAUCUACUGGGCCCUGGCUGGAGAGAGUGGGGGGUCACUGAAUGGCCACUCCCUGACGGGUGGCAGUUUCCAGCAGGAGUCGCAUGUGGAGUUUGCUACAGGGGAGCUGCUCAGGAUGACCCAGGUGGCGCGGGGCCUGGACUCCGAAGGACUCCUGCUCCUGGACCUGGUGGUCGAUGGCGCUGUCCCCGAGGCCCUGGCGGACGAGGAUCUCCAAGUGCAGGACUUCGAGGAACGCUAUGUGCAGACGGGGCCCGGCCAGCUCUUUGUGGGCUCCAUGCAGCGCUUCCUCCAUGACAACCUCCCGGGGCUCCUACACUGCAACCACAGCAUCCGGUACUCGGCAGCACGGGGCCCCCAGCCCCAGCUGGUGCAGCACCUGUGGGCCUCGGCUAUCAGCUCGGCCUUCGACCCCGAGGCCCAGGCCCUGCGCUACCAGCUCACCACGGCCCUGCGAGCUGAAGAGCACGAGGUGGGCUGCCCUGAGGGCUUUGAGCCGGACCCCCAAGGAGCAUUUUGUGUGGACAGAGAGGAGUUUGGUGGCCCCAGUCCCUGCUCCCCCUGUCACAAUGCUCCUGGCUGCUUCUCCUGCUCCUGCCCCGCCGGCUUCACGGCCUGGGAUGAGAACUGCGGAAACGUGGACGAGUGUGCGUGGGGCGCCCACCUCUGCCGGGAGGGACAGCACUGUGUGAACCUGCUCGGAGCCUACCGCUGCCUUCCUGACUGCGGGCCCGGCUUCCGGGUGGCGGCUGACGGGGCCGGCUGUGAAGAUGUAGAUGAGUGUCAGGAGCAGCUGGAUGAGUGUCACUACAGCCAGCUCUGUGAGAACACAGCGGGUGGGCACCGCUGCAGCUGCCCCAGGGGAUACCGGACCCAGGGCCCCGGCCUGCCCUGCCUAGAUGUCAACGAGUGCCUGCAGCUCCCUGAGCCCUGCGCCCACCAGUGCCACAACUUCCAGGGUAGCUACCGCUGUCUGUGCCCACUGGGCCAUACCCUCCUCCGUGACGGCAAGACCUGUACCUCACUGGACCGGAGCACACACAAUGUGACCACUGUCAGCCACCGGGGACCCUUGGUGCCCUGGCUGCGGCCACGGGGCCCCAUCCCUGGUGGCUCUUACCAUGCCUGGGUCUCCCUGCGGCCGGGACCCAGAGCCCUGAGCAGUGUGGGCCGGGCCUGGUGUCCGCCUGGCUUCAUCCGGCAGAACAGCAUUUGCGUGGACCUUGACGAGUGUCUGGUGCGGAGCCUGUGCCAGCACGCCUGCCAGAACACCGAGGGCAGCUACCAGUGCCUCUGUCCCACCGGCUACCGCCUCCUGGCCAGCGGGAAGAACUGCCAGGACAUCAACGAGUGUGAGGAGGAUGGCAUCGAGUGUGAGCCCGGGCAGAUGUGCUUCAACACCCGAGGCAGCUUCCAGUGUGUGGACACGCCCUGUCCCAACUCGUUCCGGCAGGGCGCCAGCCCCGGGACCUGCUUCCGCCGCUGCUCGCAGGACUGCGACGCCGGGGGACCCACCACGCUGCAGUACCGGCUGCUGCCGCUGCCCCUGGGGGUGCGCGCCCACCGCGACGUGGCGCGCCUGGCCGCCUUCUCCGAGCCCGGCGUCCCCGCCGACCGCACGGAGCUCCGCGUGCUCGAGCCCGACCCGCGCAGCCCCUUCGCGCUGCGGCCCCUGCGCGCCGGGCUGGGCGCCGUCUACACCCGCCGCGCGCUCACCCACGACGGCCUCUACAGGCUCACCGUGCGCGCCUCCGCGCCGCGCCACCAGAGCGUCCACGUGCUGCUCAUCGCCGUGUCCCCCUACCCGUACUGAGCCCGGAGGCCGGGGACACCUGCGGCGGUGAGCGGGACGUCCCCGUCGGUCCCCUUCUAAGCAGCGCUCAGCCAGCGGCCUUGACGCGGCGCCUGGGGCGCGGCCCGCUGGCACAGCUGGAUGUCGCCGGCCCCAGAGGUUGCCCAGGCCUCGGGGUGCUGGGCCCGGACACAGGGCAGCUGGACCCAGGGAAGGGGGACUCCGUGGGCCGCAACAGCUGUCACCCGUCCGCACCUGGCGCAGCCCACAUGAACCCAGCAUGUGAGGGUAUAAAAACCGUUUCUGACCCA